AUGGCGUGGCGUGAAGCUUUGAAAAAACCAGUAGCUAAACCAACAGCACCAAAACCAAAAUUUAAUACUCAAGCUGAUGAUUGGGAAACCGACAUUAAUUAUGAAAAUCAAACAGAUGAAAAAUCUCAACGUUAUGGUUCAACAAGUGUACCUGGUUCUGGUCGAGUAGAUCAUGUUGAUUUUAAAUCUCUUCAAGAAAAAGUUAAAACAGCUGAUAAUACGGUUAAACAAAUAUAUCAAGAUAAAAAUCCUAAUCGUGGUUAUGGAGGAAAAUAUGGAACAGAUCGAGUUAUGGAUAAAUCUGCAGCUGAUUAUUCAUACAAAGCUGAUGUUUCAAAACAUUCCUCACAAACAGAUUGUAAAAAAGGAUUUGGUGGUGUAUAUGGAGUUGAUGAACAUGCAAAAGAUAAAUCUGCCGUUGGUUUCGAUUAUAAAGGAGAAGUUGAAAAACAUCCAUCACAAACAGAUUUUUCAAAAGGCUUCGGUGGUAAAUAUGGCACUGAUCAAAAUGCACAAGAUAAAUCAGCAGUAGGCUUCUCUCAUAGAGAACAAGUUCCAAAACAUCCAUCACAAACAGACUUUUCAAAAGGUUUUGGCGGUAAAUAUGGUACUGAUUCCAAUGCACAAGAUAAAUCAGCAGUAGGCUUCUCUCAUAUAGAAACAGUUCCAAAACAUUCAUCACAAAAAGAUUAUAAUGUUGGUUUUGGUGGUAAAUAUGGUAUUCAAAAAGAAGAACCUAGCCGAUUGGCAGCUUCAACAACACCACCUUCUGAACGACAUGUUACUGAAAAACCUGCACAACCGGUUGGUAGUAGUAUUGGUGUUGGUAAUAUUCGAGCAAGAUUUGAAAAUAUGAAAAAAGAACAAGAAGAAGAAGCUGCCAAACGUGUUGCUGAAGAAAGAAAUAAACGAGCUGUUACUGAUCAACACUCACAACAAAGACAACAAUCAACUAGUAAUGGUCAUGAUAAAGUUAAACAGCAAGAAAUACCAUCAACAACAUUCAAUCAACCAAUUCGUGAACCAUCUCCACCACCUGCUCCUCAACCUCAAACACCAUCAUUACCAGUAUCCAGUUCAACAAUAUAUGAAAAUCUUAGUAAUCAUUUUGAAACACAACGAUCAACAACAUAUGAAGAGAAACAAGAAGAACCAACUAGAUUUGUCAGUGGUGUUAAUGUAUCAUCAUUAUUACGGCAAAGAAAGACUUCAUCUUCAUCAUCGAAAAAUGAUGAUGAUGAAUGGGCUGAUCAUAGUGAAUCACAUAAUCAACAGCAAUUAUUUAGAAGAAGUCCAUCACCAAUACCAGCUACUCAAUCACAACAACCAUCAAAUAAUAAUAAUGAAGGUGUCAAAUGUAUUGCUCGUUAUAGUUACCAAAAAACUGAAGAUGAUGAAUUAGGUUUUGAAGAAAGUGAAAUUAUUACAAAUGUUCAAAAGAUGCAUGAUGAAUGGUGGUUUGGUAAAAUUGGUCAGAGAUCAGGUUUAUUUCCAGCUAAUUAUGUUGAAGAAAUAAAUUGA